GUGGAAUGUUUGUGCUCACAUCUCAGCUUAUCGUGCUCAUUCCGAACCUGGUGAUAGGAAACUGUGAUAUUUCUUUUUUGGUUGGUUCUGCGUUUAAGUAUACACUUUUUAUUUGGAUCGGUAGGCGUCGUCAGAGCAUCUGUUGAUUUUGAUUUGCAUGUGAGAUUUGGUCCAGCAAAAAUGUAGAGUUGGAGUGGUCUUCGCCCGCCGGCCCAGACCAACAUAAGCUAAUGGAAGAGGCUGUCGCCGCUUACGUCCGCAGCGGCGACCUCCGCUCCGCCCUCAAGGUGUUCAACGCCAUGCCCCGCAGAAACACCGUAUCCUGGAACUCCCUUCUCGCCGGCUAUUCCAAGAAGCACGGCCGCCUCGACGAGGCGCUCCGCCUGUUCGCUAGGAUCCCUUGCCCUGAUGUCGUCUCCUACAACACCCUCCUCUCCUGCCACCUCAUCAACGCCGACCUCCGCGGCGCCCGGCGCCUCUUCGACGCCAUGACCCUCAAGGACGUCGCCUCCUGGAACACCAUGCUAUCGGGCUUCUCCCGGAUCCGCGCCAUGGAUGAGGCCCGGCAGCUCUUCUCCGCGAUGCCCCAGAAGAAUCACGUCUCAUGGAAUGCAAUCGUGUCGGGUUUCGCACGAGCCGGCGACAUGGACUCGGCGGAGGAGCACUUCCGUAGAGCGCCCGAUAAGAACGAUGUGGUCUUGUGGACGGCGAUGAUAUCUGGAUACAUGGACGCUGAAAAUAUAGAGAAGGCCCAGGAGCUGUUCGACGCGAUGCCUACCAGAAAUCUGGUGUCCUGGAAUGCCAUGCUCGCCGGGUACGUUAAGAACAACCGAGCAGAGGACGGGUUGAAGCACUUCCGGAAGAUGCUAGUGUUCCCACAAGUCAUACCUAAUCCGUCGACCCUCAGCAGCGCUCUUCUUGGGUGCAGCAAUCUGUCAGCUCUUGCGUUGGGCAAGCAGAUCCAUCAGUUGGCUCACAAAUUGUCUUUAAUCCAUAAUUCUACAGUCGGCACUUCGUUGAUGAGCAUGUACUGCAAGUGCGGAGAAUUGGAUGAUGCAUGUGUACUGUUCGAUGGAAUCCAGACAAAGGAUAUAGUUACAUGGAAUGCUAUGAUUUCCGGGUGUGCACAGCAUGGGCAUGGAGUGAAAGCAAUAGAGUUAUUUGAUGCAAUGAAACGGGAGGGAGUAGAACCCAAUUGCAUCACGUUUGUUGCAGUACUCACUGCAUGCAAUCAUGCAGGGUUGCUGGAGCUCGGCAUCCAAUACUUUGAGUCAAUGAAGAGAGAAUAUGGUGUGGAGCCUGAGUCAGAUCAUUAUUCAUGUAUGGUUGAUCUCCUGUGCCGUGCUGGUUCGCUUGGGAAAGCUGUGGACUUGAUCCUCUCCAUGCCAUUCAAACCACAUCCAGCUGUCUUUGGAAACUUGCUGGGUGCUUGUAGGAUCCAUAAAAGUUUGGAAUUCGCUGAGUUUUCCGCACAGAGACUUGUGGAGUCAGAGCCACAAAGUGCAAGAGCUUAUGUUCAACUUGCUAAUGUGUAUGCAUCAAUGAACAAGUGGGGGGAUGUUUCCAGAGUGAGGAAGUCCAUGAAACAGAAUGACAUUGUUAAAAUGCCAGGGUACAGCUGGAUCGAAGUGAGGGGCAUCUUCCAUGAGUUCAGAUCUGGAGACAGGAUUCAUCCACAGUUGGACUUAAUUCAUCAGAAAUUAUCUGAGAUGGAAAAGAGGAUGAAGGCUGUCGGCUAUGUGCCAGACCUCAGUUUUGAUCUACAUGAUGUUGGUGAGGAUCAGAAGGAGCUAAUGCUGAUGAGGCAUAGUGAAAAACUUGCUAUUGCUUUUGGGUUGAUUAGCACUUUGCAAGGGACUAGACUCCGAGUCUUCAAGAACCUUCGGGUAUGUGGGGAUUGUCACAAUGCUGCUAAGUUCCUUUCCUUGAUUGAGAAGCGUGACAUCAUCCUCAGAGACACCACUAGAUUUCAUCAUUUCAGCAAUGGUAAUUGCUCGUGUGGAGAUUACUGGUGAGGAACUGGAGAUUACUGGUGAGGAACUUCAGCAAUGAUUUCUUCUUGAUUCAAUUGUUGAGAAGGCCACUGAUGCAAAGUGAUUGGAAGAAUGAAAAGAUGCAAUAAAAAACCUGAAAUUAUAUUAUUUGGACUUGGGAGUAAUCUUCAAUUGGAGUACAGUUGACUUCUUGGUAUCUCCAGAGGAAAGCAUCAUUGUCUUACAAUUUUUCUUGAACCAUGAAAGAAAGGAGUUUAAGAAAAGAUGGUUAGCACUAUAAAUCUCAGCAGCUCCAAUUUCGUUUAGACCAUUAAGUGUUGUAGAAGAAUAAACAUUCUUUGAGGGAUGAUGAUAAUAUGGUUCAGAGCCCUGAUUUAUUUCGAUCAAAAUGUUCAGAAGCCUCUCCACCUUUGCCUCAAACUCGAUUUUGUAAGGAGGCACUAGCUACCUUAAGUACUGUGAUCCUUGCCUUUCUUCGAUACUGCUAAUGAUAUGAAUUUGUUUCAUGCAAUUAAUGCUUUGAGCUUAGUUUAUAAGUAGGUUGGGAUUUCAGCCAAACUGAAGGGCCAGGUUUGCCAGCAUGAUCCCUCACCAUAUCAGUGAAUACUACCCGCAACCAUGCAGUGUACUACUUUCAAGCUGAUUAUGCUGCUUGUUCCCCAAAUUUCAUGAAAUAUCCCUCAACCGGCAUCCCAACCUAAAUCAGACUGUCUGAUCCCCUCCAAUUGAACAUCAUCAACGUCAGUGGAAAACAUUGCUUUGGAGUCGAUCAACGUACCACCUCAACCUCAUACCAACUUAUCAUCACAAGCUGCGUGGUUGGAUCUGUUGGCUGGUUUUGUUGUUUUUAUUGGUCUGUUGAAAGAGUUUGAAUGAUGAUGAGGUACGAUGAGUAUGAUAAGGUACGAUGUUUCCACUGCCAAUAGAGUUUGCUACACAGUAAGUACCAUGAUUCCCUUACAUCAGUAUAUUUGGCAUGUUGAUUAGUUCAGUGUCUUUCUGCUCUUCAUCAAUGACAACCUUUUCCAUUGUACUUACUGUGUAAUGUUUGGCAUCAGUAUAUUUGGCAUGUUGAUUGUACUUCAUAAUGUUCAAAAAUUAAUUCAAGUUUGUAAUGUUUGGACUAUAAUAAAAAAAUUUAAUGAUAAUAAAUAAAAAAAAUUAAUAAUAACGGUUACAUUAAUAAUGAAUAAAAAAUUAAAAUAUUUAAAUCAUACUAAAUGAAAAAAUUGAUGAUAAUGAAUGAUGAACUAAAUGAGAAUAGAUAUAUUCUCUAAAAAUUAAUGAUAAUGGAUGAGGAACUUAAAUGGAACGGUUACACCCUCUCCAUAUCUGAUCCUGCUUCUAGAUAGGUAUAUUCUUUGUCUCAGGCAACAAUAAUAUGAUGAACAUAGUCAUGAGCAAAACCCACCACCUAGAAAAAUAACACACCGAACUUGAGGUGGCAAAGCAUGGAUUUUAGGCUACAGUGCGUCAGUAAGUGUUUGCUACUACAAUGAUCAUGUCGUGUAGCUUUGUGUGGAUGUCUUGGGUGCCUUGUAUCUUUGAAGUUUUUUUUUUUUUUUUGUCUUUUGGAGAGAGUAGAUAGAAUGUUGGACGGGACAAUUGGGUGUUUCAGUAAGGAUGAGAGCACCAAGUUCUAAAGUAGGUUAGCUUAGAAGGGGGCCUUUAUGGUCUCAUCGCCUUCAUCGUGGUGACAUGAUAAAAGAGAGAGAGAGGGAAUGGAUUCAUAGGGAGAGCUCCAAUUCAACUAUGCAUCGGAGUAGAUACGGAGUAGAUAUGUUUGUAGUGCCUCGAGGUUCCCUAGUGCUUCCUUAGCUUUCUCUAUUGCCUCCUUCACCUUAAAUUUAUGGUGCUCUCAAAAACUAGGAGAUGAGAGAGGAGAGAAGAGAUGAGGUAAGGAAGGAGGAGGUGAAAGAGGAGAUAGGAUGAAUAGAGAGGAGGUAGAUACGAAGAGAGGAGGAAUGAGGGGAGACAUAGGUGGAGUGGUAAAAUUCGUAUCAAAGAAUCAAUUUUUUUUAAAUUAUUUGAUUAGAAUAAGAGGGUAAAAUAAAAAUUUUAAAAAGAAUGUUCGUUAACAGAGAAGCAUCAUAGGAUAAAAAGUAAAUAGUAUAGGCUUUCACCAUGGCACUCAAAUAUGAUACUAUAGUUUUUUUUUUAUUUUAGGAUGAUUUUAUUGAAUUUGGUACAUUUUCAUGUUAAAUUUAUAAUAGAGUGUAUCUUUAUUCAUUUUUUACUGUAAUGACAUGAAGUUCCUCUAAAUCAACUGAAACUUUCAAAUCAGCAGUCAAAUAUGAAAGUAACAUUCACUUCAGUAUCCUUUUUAUAUUUUUUGAGGAUUUUAUGAGUUUUUCAAUGGAAUUUAAAUAUUUUUACAGGGAUUUUGUAAUAAGUAUAUUUUAGUUCAUUUUAUAACAAUAUGAAGUUCUUCCAAACCAUAUAAAAUUUUUACAUUAAUAGUCAAUUGUAAUAGGAAUCAUCAUUCCAUUAUCUUUGCUAUUUUUAGAUGAUUUAUUAGUGUUUACUAUAAA